AUGAAAUUAUCCUUUUGUCAAAAUAAAAAAAAUAUUUAUGAACGAUUAUACAAUGCCACAUAUCGAUCAUUAUCAUCAUUAUUACCUCCACUUUGUUCUCAAGUUUUAUUUAAUGAUAGUAAUAUACAAUCUCAAUAUAUAUCUCCAAAAACAGAAGAAUAUGGUAUUCAAUCAUUUGAUUUAGUACGUAUUGCUUAUGAUGAAAAAUAUUUAAUCACUCACUUUGAAUUUAUAGCACAUUUAAGUAGUAAUAAACCAUUAACUUUUUUUAUAAGUGCUGCUUUUGAUAAAGAUUAUAAACUAUGUGGAUAUGAUGGACAAAUACGAAAUAUUGGAUUAACAUUAGAUCCACGUACAGAUGUAGAACGUGAAGCAAAAAUAAAUACGAUAUGUAAUGUUACACAAAGAGUCUGUUCUGGAAUAUUACAACAAUAUUCAAAUUUUAAUGAUUGUCAACAAUUUUUAAGAACACAAAUACCUUAUGGUUCAUAUGAUAGGGCAGAUCAAGGAAAUGUUAUUUGCCGUUUUGUUCAUACAUAUUUUGUACCUUUAUUACCAUCUAUACAUUGUCCACAUGUGGGUCCAACUGGAGGAGGAGCAUGUACUGAUAAAACAAUCGACUUUUAUUAUAAUCAAACAAAUUUUCUGGCUUGUGCUCAUAAACAAUAA